GUGUUGGGUAGGUAAUAUCAAACAAAGAAAGCCCAUUAAUUAAAUAGCCCAAAAGUCAUAGUUUAGGCAAGUGUCACAUUUAAAAUUAUCCAUUAUUACUCUCAUUACUCUCUCUACUCAAGCUAAGAUAAAAAAGAAACUCUAGAUCUAAAAAUAAUACAAAAUCGCAUCUCUAAACGCGAUUAUUCCAUUAUUCCUCAAAUUUCAAUUUCUUCAACCUUCAUUUCAGAUCUGGUCCGAAACGCACGAAACCCGUUAGGGUUAGGGUUUGACCAGAAAAAAUGGCGGUUUCCGAUGGCGUCGUCAAGAAAGUUAUCCUCUCAUACACCUACGUCGCGAUUUGGAUCUUCCUUAGCUUCACCGUUAUCGUUUACAACAAGUACAUCUUAGAUCGUAAGAUGUACAAUUGGCCAUACCCUAUUUCUCUAACCAUGAUUCACAUGGCUUUUUGUUCUUCACUCGCUUAUAUUCUCGUUCGUGUUUUCAAGCUCGUUGAACCUGUUUCAAUGUCACGCGAUCUGUAUCUCAAAUCGGUUGUUCCGAUUGGUGCACUUUACUCUCUUUCGCUAUGGUUUUCAAAUUCUGCUUAUAUUUAUCUAUCUGUUUCGUUUAUUCAGAUGCUGAAAGCUCUUAUGCCUGUUGCUGUUUAUUCAAUUGGUGUUUUGUUUAAGAAAGAGGGUUUUAAGAAUGAGACUAUGGCGAAUAUGAUUUCGAUUUCACUUGGUGUUGCUGUUGCUGCUUAUGGUGAAGCUAAAUUUGAUACUUGGGGUGUUACUCUUCAGCUUAUGGCUGUUGCUUUUGAAGCUACUCGUUUGGUUUUGAUUCAGAUUUUGCUUAAUUCUAAAGGAAUUUCUUUGAACCCUAUUACAUCGCUUUAUUACAUUGCUCCUUGUUGUUUGGUGUUUUUGUCUGUUCCUUGGCUUAUUGUUGAGUAUCCUUCAUUGAGGGAUAACUCCAGUUUUCAUUUGGAUUUCACCAUUUUUGGAACGAAUUCGCUUUGUGCUUUUGCUUUGAAUCUUGCUGUGUUUUUGCUUGUUGGGAAGACUUCGGCUUUGACUAUGAAUGUUGCUGGUGUUGUUAAGGAUUGGCUUUUGAUUGCAUUCUCUUGGUCUGUGAUUAAGGAUACUGUUACGCCGAUUAAUUUGAUUGGUUAUGGAUUGGCGUUUUUGGGGGUUGCGUAUUAUAAUCAUUCCAAGUUGCAGGCACUUAAGGCUUCGGAGACGCAGAAGAAGGCUCAGCAGAAUGAUGAAGAAGCUGGAAAGUUGUUGGAACAGAGAGAUGGGGAAGGGACCGGAAGGAAGAGUGACAACCAGAACUGAUUCAACAUGUCGAACUCAUUUUUGGAUACAAAAUUUGUUACUGCUGCUGGAUGAUCGAUGAGGCGCGAUUUGCUUUUGGGUAUAUGUGGUGGUGUAAUGUACUACUUUAGGUAAUUGAUUAAUUGUUACUAGUAUCAGCAUCAUUACUAUUAUGUUACUUUACUUCUGCCUGUUUCAUUUCUGUUCUUUGGUUCAUAUUAGUUGUGUAUUGGAUCUGAGAUGUUUGUCUCAUAUAUGCUGAUUCAGUGUUUCAUAUUAUGAUUAGAUAAUGAAUUUAGCUUCCUUGAUGCUA